UUUUUUCGCUUCGGAACGUAUUUUUGGAGAAGAAACCGUCGCUGAGACAUUGGAGGUCAGGCCAAAGUGCUUGACACAUCGCCGAUGGCCAAGGUUAAGGUUCAAGACGUGCCCAUGCCACGGCGUCCGCCGGGCUACUACGAGGAGGUGAUCUUGAAGAAGUACUGGAGAAAUUGUAAGGUUGUAGAUGGUAAGGAGAUUUGUGGAGAGGAAGUGGACUGCAGCAACGCAAUCAAAGUGCUUUUAGACAUCAACCCCCACGAGCUCAAAAGGGUGGAUGAUAAUUCCGAACGGUUUGAGCUGGUUUUCAUCAUGAAGAUGUACUGGUUGGAUCCCUUGCUCCACAGCUUCCCCACGAAGCUCAUUCGCCGGCGUCCCGAGCCGCAGCUGAAGCCUUUUGAGCCGCCUUUACAGGAAGUGGAGGGUAUCGUGCGGCGGAAGUACAAGAAUGGAGACCUCCUCUUCGUCGAGAAGGAAGGCGAUGCUCGGUACAAGAAGGCGGUGCUCAUCAAGAAAGAUGAUUAUGUGAAGAUGGAGGAGCCUGCCUGGGACCAUUAUUUCUUUCCCAACUACACUUUCCUGAACCUCGUCAGCACCGAUGGUGAUGCCGGCUGUGCUAAGCUCCAGUGGUGUGGCGAGGAGGGUGGCUUCGUGGAGUAUGCGCGGCGCUAUGAUGCCGUCUUUCAGGAGACCUUGGAGCUUCGACGCUUUCCGAUGGAUCGCCAGCUUUGCAGGAUCAAACUGACGGCAGAGGCGGACAUCCAGACCUUUCAGUUCGUGGUGUUGGAAGGUGAGAAGCAAAUCUCGCAAGUGAGCCAUGACGAGUGGCGCGUCGAGAAUCAUAUGCAGAAGAAGUGCACCACGUACAUCCGCUAUGCCGAUGAGAAGUUCCCUUACCCUGUCCAACGAUCAAGUGUCAAGACCGUGCUACAUUUGCAGCGCAAAGGUGACUAUUACUUCCACAACGUGCUGAUCAACAUUUUUUUGGUGAAUGUGAUUGCCCUCUUCAGCUUUGCAGUCCCCGUCUCCGAUACCGGCGAUCGGCUGAGCUUACUGUCCACCACGCUGGUGGCAGUGACUGCGUAUCAGACGGUGAUCAACCAAUCGAUCCCGCGGAAGGCCUACCUCACAGCCUGUGACAAAUAUGUGAUCUUCGCAGUCAUUUUCCAGGUCCUCAUCGGAAUCGAGACCACCAUCGUGGCCUUCAUCUUUCAGUACCAUGAUUGGGAUGAGGAGAUGCCAGCGCGGAUCCGACUCAUUGAUUCAAUUGUUGGGAUGGCCCUGGGCACUUUGUGGAUCGUCAGCAAUGGCGCCAUUUUGCUCUUCUUCCACACACUCCGCGACAGCUGGAAGGCGGUCUAUGAGAUGAACGAAGAACCAUUCGCUCCGAUGCUGAAGUGCCUGAAGUGCCGCGAAAAGUGGCAUUGCAAACAGGCCACCCACAGCGAGGAGCCCCAAAGACAGGUGUGUCCCUUCUGUGGUGAGCAAUCUGCCCAGCUUCGGAAGCACUAUUAUACGCCCAGCUCCAAGG